AUGGCCGACCAAACCCCCGCCGACACCACAGGUGCCUCUCAGACUCUGCCUGACCGCACACAGGCCCCCGCCGCGGGUGAUGCCCCCCAAGGAGAGCCUUCAAAGAAUGCCGCCAAGAAGGCUGCUAAAGCCGCAAAGAUGGCUGCCGACAAGGCUGAGAAAGCUGCUAAGGCCGGAAAAUCUGGACAAGGCCAGAAGAGCGGUGGCAAGGGAGGGAAACCCAACCCUGAUAAGGCUUUGAUUGGUAUCGAUGUCUCCAAGGAGGAGGACUUCCCAGGCUGGUACCAGCAAGUUCUUACAAAGGGCGACAUGCUCGACUACUAUGAUGUCUCUGGCUGCUAUAUCCUGAAGCCCGCUUCCUACUCCAUCUGGGAGGAGAUUCAACAAUGGUUCAACCAACGCAUCAAGAAGAUGGGGGUCAAGAACUGCUCUUUCCCCCUGUUUGUCUCGGAAGAUGUUUUGCAAAGAGAAAAGGACCACAUUGAAGGGUUCGCUGCUGAAGUCGCUUGGGUGACUCAUGCUGGUUCCACCCCUCUCGAGAAGAAGAUUGCCAUCCGUCCCACGUCCGAGACUGUCAUGUACCCUUACUACGCCAAGUGGAUCCGUAGCCACCGAGACCUGCCCCUUAAGCUCAACCAGUGGAACUCCGUCGUUCGAUGGGAGUUCAAGCACCCCCAGCCUUUCCUUCGUACCCGUGAAUUCCUUUGGCAAGAGGGCCACACCGCACAUCUUACUCAGGAGGGCGCUCAUGAGGAGGUUCUGCAGAUUCUCGACUACUAUGCGCAAAUCUACGAGGAGCUCUUGGCCGUCCCUGUUGUAAAGGGUCAGAAGACUGAAAAGGAGAAGUUCGCUGGGGGUCUCUACACCACUACCGUCGAAGGAUAUAUACCUGCCACCGGCCGUGGUAUUCAGGGUGGUACCUCCCACGGCCUCGGCCAGAAUUUCAGUAAGAUGUUCGGCAUCACUGUCGAGGAUCCUUCUGCCAAGCCCGAUGAGAAGAAGCCUCACCUUCACGUUUGGCAGAACUCGUGGGGCCUGUCCACCCGUACCCUCGGUGUCAUGGUCAUGAUCCACAGUGACAACAACGGAUUGGUCAUCCCUCCCCGUGUUGCCGAGACCCAGGUCGUCGUCGUCCCCGUCGGCAUCACCGCCAAGCUCACCCCUGAAGACCGUGAGAAGCUCUACGCCGAGGUCGACCAAAUCGUCGACACCUUGACCGCCGCCGGUGUCCGUGCCACCGGCGACAAGCGCGAAGGGUACUCCCCAGGCUGGAAGUUUAACGAGUGGGAGCUCCGCGGUGUCCCCCUGCGCAUCGAGUUCGGCCCCGGCGAGUCCGCAGGCAACUUCGUCAGCACCGCCCGCCGUGACAUCCCCGGCAAGGAGGGCAAGUCCACCCUCCCCCUCCCAGAGCUCUCCACCGCCGUUCCCGCUCUCCUCGAAACCAUCCAAAAGGACAUGUUCACACGCGCCGACAAUCUCUACCGCUCCCACCGGAAGCUCAUCACCAACUGGGAUGACUUCACCCCCGCGCUCAACGACAAGAACAUCUGUAUCAUCCCCCACUGUCUGACAGAGGAGUGCGAGGACCAGAUCAAGGACAUGAGUGCACGCAAGGCCGAGGAGGACUCUGGUGUCGCUCAGGACUCUCGCGCUCCCAGCAUGGGCGCCAAGUCCCUCUGCAUUCCCUUCGACCAGCCCGAGGGCAUCGUCCCCGGCGAGACCAAGUGCACCAACCCCAAGUGUACUCGUCUUGCUGAGAAGUGGUGCAUGUUCGGCCGCUCCUACUAG